UCGCCCGUGCGCCAGCUGCAGAAGGGGGCCUGCCCCUUGGGUCUCCACCAGCUGACCAGCCCGCGGUACAAGUUCAACUUCAUCGCCGACGUGGUGGAGCAGAUCGCGCCGGCCGUGGUGCACAUCGAGCUCUUCCUGAGACACCCGCUUAAUGUGCCCCUGUCCAGCGGCUCCGGCUUCCUCAUGUCCGAGGCCGGCCUGAUCGUCACCAACGCGCACGUGGUGUCCAGCACCAACGCCGUCUCAGGCCGGCAGCAGCUCAAGGUGCAGCUGCAGAACGGCGACACCUACGAGGCCACCAUCAAAGACAUCGACAAGAAGUCCGACAUCGCCACCAUCAAGAUCCACCCCAAAAAAAAGCUCCCGGCGCUGCAGCUGGGCCAGUCGGCAGACCUGCGUCCCGGCGAGUUUGUGGUGGCCAUCGGCAGCCCCUUCGCCCUGCAGAACACGGUGACCACGGGCAUCGUCAGCACGGCCCAGCGGGACGGCAAGGAGCUGGGCCUGCGGGACUCGGACAUGGACUACAUCCAGACGGACGCCAUCAUCAACUACGGGAACUCCGGGGGACCCCUGGUGAACCUGGACGGUGAGGUCAUUGGCAUCAACACGCUCAAGGUCGCAGCUGGCAUCUCCUUCGCCAUCCCCUCGGACCGCAUCACCCGCUUCCUCACCGAGUUCCAGGACAAGCACGUCAAAGACUGGGAGGCUCAGGCUGAGGGAGCCUCACAGCGGGACUGUCCUUGCAGUUUGGUGGAGGAGCUAAAGGCCAACAACCCUGACUUCCCGGAGGUCAGCCGCGGGAUCUACGUGCAAGAGGUGGUUCCCAACUCCCCGUCUCAGAGGGAUAAGGACACAGCCCGGGCCAGCCGUCUCCUCAACUUCCUGCCUCCAGUCCCCGAUCGUGCUCACCAGAGUGAGCCACGUGACGCCGUGCUGACCACUCACAGCUGGGAGGCAUCGCUCCGAGCACGUGGCAUCCGGGCAGUGCUGUCCUCUGAUGACCCUGGGCCCCGGGCUUUGGGCGCCAGCUUCUUCUCCCAGCAGGCCUUCCGGUCCCCGCCGUCCCCCGAUGCAGACUCCACCGCCCAGCCGGCCUCCCCCACCCCCUUUCUGGAGGCGCAGCUUCCCCGGCCCGCCCCUGGCGAGCUGGCGGGCUCAGUGGGCUGUGGUGGUCCCCAGAGACUGAAGAAUGACGUUGCCAACUGGAAGGGGCUGGGGCGGGGAGGCGACAAAUCCUAA